AAGAAGAAAAAAACAAUAAUGAAAAUGAAGAUAAACAGAAACCCUAACCUUUUCGGUUAUCCUAAAAACUUGUUUACACGUGUGGAGAAGAACAUUAUGACUAAAAAAACAUUAAAACUGCAAGAAAAUGAUCCGCCAGCUAAAACAAAACUAGGCAAACAUAAGAAACAAGUCGGCGAAAGUAAUAUUGGCAAAAAAGUUAAAUUUGAAUCCCACAGUUCGAAUGAAGAACCGAAAUUGGCAACUAGUAAGUCAAAAUUUUCAAAUAUUAACAAAAAAUCGGACCACACGAGUCCAAAAGUCGUCAAACCUAAGAGGUUGCUUGACAAAAGCAAAACCAAGCAAGACAAACAAGGGGUUCUUGAGAAAGUUGAUGACUGGAAUGAAUUUAAAAAGAAAAAAAAGGAAUUAAAAAUUAAGAGGGUGCAAGCUAGGACCAAGGAUAACUUUGAUAAAAUUCAACAAGCCAAAAAGAUGGGGGAGAAGUUACGUCUUAAAACCCUUAGUAUUGAACACAGAAAUGUUAUUAUUAAUCAGUUAAACAAUCUUCUAAAAGGAAAUUAUGCAAAGUUUGUUCUCGCCCAUGAUACAGCUAGGAUAGUCCAGUGGUUGCUGAAAUAUUCUAGUGAUAUUCUGAUUCAUCAAAUAUCUGAGGAGCUGAUUCCAGUUACAAUCAGUAUGAUCCAGUCAAAAUAUGGAAUCCAUUGUGUAAAACGUUUAUUAAAAUAUGGACAAAAUGACAUACGAACUGCAGUUAUAGAUAAAUUUCAAGGACAUGCUGUAAAGUUGGCUACCCACUCAGUCAGUGCAUCUGUUUUGGAGUAUGCUUACUCUUACUGGGCUAGUAAUAAACAAAAGCAGUACUUAGUACAAGAAUUUUAUGGAGAUCUUUACAAAAAUUCCAAGGACCCUAAUGUGAAACAUUUAAGAGAUGUUUACAAGGAUAGUGAGUCUAUGAAGUCUGCUACACUGGGAGCAUGUAAAGCGAACAUUAAAAAAGUUUUAAACAAAACCCUGUUGGACUCUGGUUUAGUUCAAACUGUGCUGAAUCAGUUUUUGCAGGAGUGUUCAACAGAUGAUCGAACUGAGUUAGUUACCGAACUGGCACCUCACAUAGUGGUUAUAAGUAAUAGCAAGGAUGGUAGCAGGGCCGCCAUGCAAUGUAUAUGGCAUGGGUCGGCAAAAUUGAGGAAGGAAAUCAUGAAAGCCUUAAAAACACAUUUAGUGGACCUAUCAAAGCAUGAGUUUGGGCAUUGCACUGUGAUUACUUUACUAGAUUCAAUAGAUGACACAGUUUUACUGCACAAAAUCAUUAUAUCAGAGAUAUUAAACAAUGCCAAAGACUUGGCAGUGAGUGAAUGGGGUAGAAAAGUCUUGUUAUGGCUAGUAGCUCCAGCGAACAGUACAGUGUUCCAUCCAAAAUUUGUUAAUGAGUUAAAUGAGGGCAGGGAAUCCUCAACAAGUAAAAAACCGCAAGAAGUGAGACGUAAGGAGAUAUUGGCCUACUCUAUCUCAACUUUACUUCAGCUAGUGAGUGAAGAUUCGAAGUUUUGGCUAUCGAGACCUUCAAUUGCCGUUGAAAUUUUAGCAAUCUUGAAAGCUGGAUCUGGAGAUGACCUCAGAAAUGCUUUAUCAAAAAUUGUUGAUACAGUUACUGAUUCUGAUUGGAAAAUUCAAGUUGGGGACACUGAGGUUUUGGGGAUAGAAGACGCUGGUAUUCACAUGACUCUGAAAAAAUUGGCACAACAUGAUAAAGUUGCCUUGGAAAUGAAUAACCCUACCUUUGGUCGAUUUCUUGUUGAUGCUCUUAAUGAUGAUGUGCUUCAGAAGUGGAUUAAUAUCAAUCGUUGUUGUUUUAUAUUAAUCGCCAUUUUUGAAAAUAAUGAAGAAAUUCAGAAAGAUCUCAAGAACAAGUUGAAACCACAUAUUAAAUCGUUAAAAGUUCAGGGUAGUACCGGUUCCAAAAUACUGUAUAAAAAAAUUAAAUAAUGUUGAGUAAUAUAAAUUCAAUCAUACU